CCAUUGUUAUUACACAAGGACUGGUGUUUGGUAACAUUCCGCGAUCACAGCAAGUUAACGGCUACUGACAACUUCCUUAUAUAUUAUAUAAUACACUGCGGAUAUUUGUUACUGACAAACAGCUGAACCUCAUUAUUUAACAACGAAAUUGAGAAAUUUUCCUUCUUGACACACCGUUUACUAACAUGUCAGCAGCAGGACUUACCGCCACUAUGCUACAAUGAAUGGAGUAAAAACAACUAGGAAGGGACAACAACACUUUCUACACGUUUUAAACGAUUAAAUUAGCCAAUUGUUUGAUUUGAAGGCUGAAAAAAAUAAGAACCCUAUUUUAGAGGGUAUUUAAUUCGGAUAAUUGAAACUGAAACUCUUUUAGAGCCCUUAUAGACGAUAAAAUUUUUGCUAUUGUGUCGAAAUCCGCGGUAUGAAUCUCUUCGCUGCUUUACCGAGCUAGCUGGUUGUUGCUGGAAACAUGGCGUCCCGGUGCAGCGUCUCUACACUGUUUCCUGUCCAAAGUCAGCUGGAUAACGCCUUAGAUGACGCUACAACACAGCAAGAAAAAGAAGAUCUCGUUCAACAAUAUCUAAAAAAGUUAGACGAGAGAGAGGACCUGAAGAUACCCGAUUUCCAGACAGGCUUAGAGUGGCUGAACACGGAGGGGCCUCUCUCUUUAAACAAGGAGCUGGCUGGUAAAGUGGUGCUGCUGGAUUUCUUCACUUACUGCUGCAUCAACUGCAUCCACAUCCUUCCUGACCUGCAUCAACUAGAGAAGAGACACUCUGUAAAAGAUGGGUUGGUUAUUGUUGGUGUGCACUCUGCCAAAUUCCCCAAUGAAAAGGUCCUGGACAACAUCCGAAGCGCUGUGCUCCGCUACGACAUCUGCCACCCCGUGGUGAACGACAGCGAGGCGAGUCUCUGGCAUGAACUGGAGAUCUCCUGCUGGCCCACGCUGGUCCUACUCGGACCACGUGGCAACUUGCUCUUCUGCCUGGUGGGUGAGGGCAACCGUGACAGGCUGAUGCUUUUCACUGACUGCGCUCUGCGUUAUUAUGGGGAGCGUGGUCUGCUCAAGGCUCACACAGUGGGAAUCAAGCUGUACAAAGACACCCUGCCACCCAGCAUCCUUUCUUUUCCUGGAAAGGUGGCUAUAGACAAAAAUACUAAAAGACUUGUCAUAGCAGACACAGGACAUCACAGAAUACUGGUGGUGUCUUCUACUGGAGACCUGCUACAUGUCAUAGGAGGGCCUGAAAGCGGGAGAAAAGAUGGCGACGUGUCUGAAGCUUCCUUUAACUCCCCUCAGGGUGUGGCCGUUAAAGGGGACACUGUAUACGUGGCUGAAACGGAAAACCACUUGAUUCGAAAGAUCGACCUGUUAGAGGGAAAAGUCAGCACUCUGGCUGGAGUAGGCACUCAAGGGACAGACAAAGAGGGCGGGGCUAUGGGACCACAGCAGCCAAUCAGCUCUCCUUGGGAUGUGAUGCUUGGCACUGCCAGCGGCGAUGAAGACAACGUGCUGUGGAUAGCCAUGGCAGGGACUCACCAGAUCUGGGCUUUGUUCCUAGCUGAUGGAAAACUGCCCAAAGGAAGUGAGUCCAAGGCAGGGAUUUGUGUGCGAUGGGCGGGCAGCGGCAACGAAGAGAACCGGAACAACGCCUACCCUCACAAGGCAGGCUUUGCCCAGCCUUCAGGCCUGGCUUUAGCCCCAGAGGAGCCCUGGAGCUGCAUGUAUGUGGCCGACAGCGAAAGCAGCACCAUCCGAACGCUGACGCUGAAGGAUGGAGCCGUCAAGUUGCUGGUCGGAGGAGAGAGAGACCCACUGAACCUUUUUGCUUUUGGGGAUGUGGACGGGAAAGGGGUGGAUGCCAAACUCCAGCAUCCUCUCGGUGUUGCCUGGGCUUCCGAACAAAACUUGCUCUAUGUAGUCGACUCCUACAACCACAAGAUCAAGGUGGUGGAUCCAAAAACAAAGCAGUGUAGCACAUUAGCAGGAACAGGAGAUGCUGGAGAUACUCUGGGCCCAGAGUUUAACAAAUCCUGCUUCAAUGAACCCGGAGGAAUCUGUGUCGGUGACGGCGGAAAACUGCUUUACGUGGCCGAUACCAACAACCACCAAGUCAAAGUGCUGGACCUGGCCUCCAAGACUGUCUCGCUGCUCCCCAUCUCCCACGAGUGCACAGACUCGGUACCUACAAAGCCCUCGGGUCCGACCAAAGCCCCCACGCUGCCUAAAUCAGCUGCCAGGAAAGAAAUGGCGCCAGUAGCGGUGACUGCGGGCCAGACUGUCAUCAUGUCUGUCACACUGUCACUUCCAGAAGGGACCAAACUCACUGAAGAGGCGCCCAGCUGCUGGGCACUCUCAGCAGAGGGUAACGAGUGGCUGCUAGACCAUCAGGUGCUUACUGGUUCCAUUAAGGAUGUCUCACAGCCCCUCUGCAUCUCAGCCAAACUUCCAGUCGUUAUGAAGGAAUCAAACGGCAGUCCAAGCCUCACGUUGGCCGUAUGGGCGUACUACUGUACGGAAGCAGGUAAAGCCUGCAUGAUGAAAGCGGCUUCAUUCUCCCAGCCUCUUCAAAUAAACGCCAGUUCUGGAGAGGGAGAGGUCAUCGUGGAGUUGACUCAUGCCUUCUGAAGCAUGUCUUACUUACAUACAUGUCUUAGUUAAAAUAGCCUUCGAGUCCACACUUUGUGUUGCGUUGAGACCUCAGCUUAAUCGCUCUUGUGGCCUGCUCAUACUUCUGAAAGCAGGAAGGAACGAUUGUUUCUGACAGAGCUCUCACUGUGAUGAAAAAAGGCGAUUUGAGUGAAUUUGAUUUUCUUAGAUACUCGGAUGUCUCUUCACAUAUAACACAUUAGCUCGGUAAUGUUCUUGACUGUGUGCGACGACUAUUAAAGGAGUGCAGAUAGACACCCACAGAUAUAUUAUAUUUAUGUAGUGAGCUCUCAUGACAGGUUGCAUUGCUAAUGUGUGGGUUUUUUGCCAAGUUGUUUAUCAAAACUAAAAGAAUAAGGAAACUUAUUAAAGUUAUUUAAUGAGAAACUAUGAAUAUCUAAUUUAUCGUAGCACUGCUGGUGUGAUUGAUGGGCAGAUAAAUAAGGAGAUUUUCAUCCGUUCUCUUAUCUUCUGGGAAAUCUCAAGUUCUUUCAGGUGUUAAAAAUAAAGUAAAAACUAAAACUUCAGCUUUAUAUUUUCACUUUAAUUGAGGAAGGAGGAUUUGAAGUGAUUAUUAUUAUGAAUAU